UGCUUCCUCUGGAAGAGCUGAUCAAAGGCCAGCAGCAGCAGAAGAGCCUCUAGAAUUGGGAGCAGAGUUCCAGGAAGCCACAGAGCCAUGGGAGACAGUUCCCCUGCGUCCCCUGGGCUCUGUCAGGAAUUCAGACAGGACCCACUCCCCAGGGCUAAGAGGCUGUCGGAUUCUGCAGUGCAGGUGCAGGCCCUGCAGUCAGCUAAGAAAGCCUGUGUGCUGAGGCGUGGCUGCAGCACUCCAGACCCAGCAGGGAAUCCUCUCUUCCCUUCCCCAAGCUCUGGCUGCUCCCUUUUCCUGGAGGAGAGUGCCCAGGAUGAGUUUGGUGCCAGUUUUUCUGUGCCCAAAUAUGACGACGUGGCCAUUUCCCUGGACAUCAGCGGGUGUUUCGACGACAGCGAGCUGGAUGACUCCUUGCUGGAGCUGUCAGGCAGCGAGAAAGGGAAUUCUCCCUUUGAUUACACCGAGGAAGAGAUCCAGGAAAUCUUGGCAGAUGAUUCCAUGGAAGCUGAGCAGCAGCACCUCGCUGGUGAAAGCCACCUGAGCCAAAGUGUGAGCGGAGAGAGCGACAAGACAGAGAGCAGCGGCUGCACCGCAGGGACAUUGGUCAGUGAGGCAGCCUCAGAGGAGCCAGAGGAACCCCAGGAGCAUCCCUCAGGCAGCUCUGGGUGUGAUCCUGGCUUUUUGGGUGGCAGUGCUGCCCUGGAUGGGUCCCAGCUGCAGGUGGAGAUGGACCUAGACCUGCAGGAGCUGCUGAGCCUGAGCCCGUUCGCUGCCGCCUGCGCUGGUGAGGCUCUGGAGGAAAACAACCUGGAAAGAGAAACUUUGGAUGCAAUGAUAGAUGAUUGUUUGGGAUAUUCCACAGCUGCUGGGAGCUGCAGUCCUGAAAAAUCCAGAGAGAGGGUGAUGCCUAAAGGCCGGGAAAGCGCGGAUCAGGAUUGCCUGGGAAGAUCCGUGCCCUCAUCCAACCUUCCCUGUGGCCAGAGCACAGGGGAUGAGAGUCCAGCAUCUGUGAUGCCACCAAAAAAAGAACUUCCCAAAGCAACACCGAGCUGUUCCUCAAGGAAAUCAGGCUUGCCAAAGGAUGCUGAAGGGGAAUCCACAGGAGCUGAGAAGCCACCAGGCAGCACUAAAUUAAGUGACACAGCUGUAGGCCAGACUGGGCAGGAAGAGCCACCCAGUGGGAAGAAAAGUGGCAAAGUAAUUCCUGUCCCACAGGAGAAGGAAGAAAGGCAAAAACAACGGACCUGCAUUUCAGAAGCACAGCCUGAGCAAAAGAAACGUUUCUCUCCAGGCUGUGGCAGUCCAAGUGAAGAGAAGUGUGGUUAUAACCUCAGGCAAUGGGAACUGCUGUGUAUGGUGAGAGUUUGCCUUGGAGAACCUCCCUUCCUCCCAAACCACCCAUGGAUUUCUCAAGAAAAACUUCUAAAAAUCCCUUCUAGAAGUAUCAGUUUUUGGCAAGAAGUUGUUCCUUUGGGUAAAUAGGAGCUGAUUGUGCAGUUUCUGAAGGAGACCUGGGAUUGCUGGGGAGACACCGUGUUCCCUGGGAAGGAGCUGUGAUUCACAUC